AUGCGAGCCCUAACAGCUUUGCCAACUUUGGCAGCGUUCUUUUCAGCAGCAACCAUAUCUAGCGCUAUCCCAUUGAACCCUCUAGUAUCACUCAACUAUAUAAACCUAGUCGGUAAUUAUUCUUCCGAGUAUAACAUAACGUACUUUCGCAAGAUCCCCUUUGCAGCACCUCCUUUGCCCCCGACAAAUCGCUUUCGCGCACCCCAGCCACCGCUCAUACACGAUAAAAACGAGCUAUACAUUACCGACCAGGACUUUGAUAUGUGCCCUCAGCGGAACACGAAUGGGUCGGAGGAUUGCUUGUAUCUAAGCGUGUACUCGCGUCCGUGGGCCACGGAGCAAAAUCUCACAAAACGUGAACACGCCGGUCGUCCAGUGUUGGUUAAUUAUUAUGGUGGAGCUUUUAUUGAGGGCUCUGCUUCAUGGAAGAUAUCAGGGACGCGGCUGUACCCGGUUCUCAACGUCUCUGACGGCAACGACUUUAUCAUUGUCCAGCCAAACUAUCGUGUCAAUGCAUUCGGAUUCCUUCCUGGAAAACAAAUCAAGGCUUCAAAUACAUCUGAUCUUAAUUCGGGAUUGCGUGACCAACAGUACGUUCUUCAAUGGGUCAAGAAUAAUAUCCAGCACUUUGGUGGUAAUCCAAACAACGUCUCGAUUUGGGGACAAAGUGCCGGUGGUGGGAGUGUCGUAAGCCAGAUUCUUGCAGGUAGUCAGGCAGGAGUGCCACUAUUUGACAAGGCGAUAACAUCUUCGCCCUUUUGGCCAAAGACAUAUCGGUACGAUGACCCCGAAGCUCAGGCUAUUUACGACCAGUUGGUUUCUUUAACUGGCUGUGCGAAUUCAACGGACAGUCUAGCGUGUCUAAAGGCAGUUGAUGUGCAAGCGUUACGAAAUUCCAGUCUAGUCAUUGACGCUGACCAUACAUACACAACAAGCUCAUACACCUGGGCACCGGUCAUCGACGGCGAGUUUCUUAAAGAUUCCCUGGCCAGCACAAUUCAAAACAGGGGAGUAGCCGUAGACUAUAUCUACGGGUUGUACAAUUCGGAUGAGGGCGAGAACUUUAUCCCACCAGGACUGCAAAACACGACUUCAACCGACGGUUACAAUUCCUCCUUGGCCAGUUAUAAUAACUGGGUUAGUGGGUUUUUGCCCCGAUUCAGUGACUCUCAAUUGCAAGAAGUCAGUCAGCUGUAUCCAGAACAAGGAUCAACUGAGACGAUCCCGCUAUACAAUACAACAUAUGAAAGAGCUCAACUAGUAUAUCGCGAUUUGAUGUUUGCGUGUCCGUCGUAUUGGUUGGCGAGUUCGGCUAAAGUACAGGGGUGGCUGGCGGAGUAUGCAAUUCCACCAGCACGACACGGCAGUGAUGUCGUAUGGUGGGAUGAUAUCGACACGACACAGACGAGCGAUACACUCACCUACGACGGAUACACCGGCUCAUUUGCUAGUUUCAUCGAAACUGGUAGCCCCAAUACACACAAGGUUACAAAUGGCUCAAUUCUGAGUGUCCCAGAGCUGCAGGCACAAGAGGCAGAGUUUGUUAUCGCGGAAAAUGGGUUCCAGCAGGUGAAACUUGUGGAGCUGAAAACACGAUGCGACUUUUGGCUGAAGAAUGGAAAGUCAAUCCCUAUAUAA